CCAUCCAUUCUCGCCCUUUCCCGUCCAUUCUUCAUCUCCUCUCAGCUCGUAAUUCGUGAAUUCGAUCACUCCUCCGUCCUUCCGUCUCGUCCAAAUAGCACCUUCGUAUUCCGUUUCUUCAUAUUCUAGUCUCCGACACCGCUGCUCCCUUGCUUUUUCACGCUUUCGCGCAUUAGAGCGAGGUACAAAUACCUAGAAGCUCUGUAUAGUGUGGAAUCUGUCUCUCGUCACCGCUUUUUCCCCGAAUCUUCGCGUUCCGAGGAUUCGAACCUCGUUGACCGCUCAGCACGGGAAGCUAUUUCAGCUCGACAUGUAUCGGAGUUCAUUUCGGGAAAAAUAGAAGCCGGACUCUCGCUAACUACUAGUUACAGCGGAAGUAACUAGCCACACGCAAAGUAAUUACAUACAGCACAGCUUGUUGACUGCACUCGGUUCCCUACUACCCGCACAGAAACUCCCGUAUUCGGCCGCCUGACGAGCAAGCACCUCCGCCGCAGUUUCGGACCGCUUCUGUUUUCUUGGAUUCGAAGGGUCGCUCUAUCGCCAUAAGGAUGCCUAUCGGAGCUUCUCCUCCCGCUAUAAGCUUCUUCCAUUCCCGUCACCUCGUGCACAGCCAAAGUUCCACGAUGUCGAUAUCGAUAUCGACUACCGCUGGUGUCGCUGAAAGUGCGGUACCAAGCUUGUCGCGCGCGCAAAAACCGGCGCACCCGCCGGAACUCAUUCCGGCGACAGAACCCAAGAGCAUGCCGUCCGCCAGGGUAAUAUCUUGGGCGAGGGUGACGUCAGCGGAAGGGGUGUCAGCAGUAGCAGCAGCGCCAGGAGCCGAAUUUUGUUGUAUCGAGGCGCCUGAAUCCUGGGCGUCAGAUGCGGCAGCAAGCCAUUUUCAGACGUCGUCAGCUGUAGCAGAGACGCUAGUGGCGGCCCUGGCAGGAGCGUCGCCAGGUCAGCGUGGACGACAACAACGUCGCCAACAACGUCGCCAGCAGCGUCGUCAGCAUCCGGCUGUCGCCGUCGCUCGAGACUGCCUCUGGCGAUUGUUACAGACGUGCUUGGAGCUUUGCUGGCUCGCCCUGGUCAUCGUCGUCUUCGUUAUAGGCUGCACGCUCUCGCGCUAUAUCGAAUCCAUGCGGACUCCUUAUAACGGGGCUGGCCUGGAACUCGCCUUCAGCGAAGCGUGCAGAGGAGAGGCCCACACCUCCGUGCGUCCCGCCAUGCUUCCCGCCGUUCUCCCCGCCGUUCUCCCCGCCGUUUGUUCCGCCGAGCUUCGCACCGCGUUCUCCGUACCCGGCGCAGCUUCGCCGCGUCUCCCGCUGCACUGCAGUUUAGAGUCGUCACCCGCGCUAGAGCUCGCACUCGCCUGCAACCAUUCGCAGCGUUCCUUAUGCAAGCGCAGCCAAGGCAGCCAUUCGUAUUCCAAGCGCGGUACUUACGGCGCUGUGUCCGCGCCAGGGGUUCUGCCGACGGGCACAGAUGACGUCAUCUGGAUCCGUCGCCAAACCGAGGAUGCUGUCGUCAGCUUGUCGGACGACGAGAUGAGCCCGCGCUCAACGCCCUUGGAAACUGAGGCACCGCAACGUCAGCUGGUCGCCACAUCAUCACCGGCUACAAGGCAUCUGUUGCUGUAUGGAGAACAUACAUCAAGUCGGGCGAAAGUGAAGAAGAGGGAGGAGCAAGAGCCAGGGCGCAAGAGUGCCUCAUACCUGGCUUUGCUCGCAAGUUCUUCCAGUAAUGAGUCACACCCAGUAAUAGGCGCAGUGGACUCAGCAGCAGCCGCACGAGAAAGCGUCGCCACAGCUGCACGGAAUACUGUUGAUAAAACAGAGUUGCUGCCUGAAGCAUUGCCUGUGUUGGGAAAGCAAACUCAACCUUUCACAGGAAUCAGCAGCUGACCUUCAUGACUUGUCUAGGUUUGUGUAUGGAUGGAGAAUUCAAAGUGGAGAUCCGGGGAGGUGCCGAAGACCUUGGAGGGGCAACCUCUCCAGUCUCAAUUGACUAGACGGCUGCAAACUGGUGGUGCUUAACUAUGCCAACAAACUGGCAGUCUGUAGGGAAGACGAUGGUAGGUGGCGGUGAUGAGGGAACGGUAAGACAAAUUGCAUACAUUAAUGAAUUUAGUGCCGUAGCUUUGUGAUGGCCACAUGUACAUGUGUAUAUUUGUCAGUUCUGCAUGUGGUUUUAUUAUGGGUGAGCUAUAAUUUUUGGUGAG